AUGGGUCGGGAGACGUUGCUCGUGAAGAAGCUGUCGGCGACCGCGGUGCUGCCGGCGCGCGGGUCGGCGCUGGCUGCUGGCUUCGACCUCGCUAGCGCCUACGAGUGCGUAAUUCCGGCGCAUGGCAAGGCGCUCGUCAAGACGGACAUUGCGAUCGCGAUCCCGUCGGGUUGCUACGCCCGCGUCGCACCGCGCUCGGGCCUCUCGUGGAAGAACCACCUCGACGUCGGCGCCGGCGUCAUUGACGAAGACUACCGCGGCAACGUCGGCGUCGUCCUCUUCAACCACGCGAACGAAGAUUUCCACGUCAAGGCGGGCGACCGCAUCGCGCAGCUCAUCCUCGAGCGCAUUGUCGCGCAAGCUGACGUGCAGGAAGUCGACGAGCUCUCCGACACUGCGCGUGGUGAAGGCGGAUUUGGGUCAACCGGCGUCGCCAAGCGCGCCAAGGUUGAGCAUGCGGCGACGACUUCGGCCUCGGUCGCCGGCGUCGACGCGAUUGUCGGUGCCAUUGCGGCUAUUGAAGCUGACUUGACCGACGCCCAGCGCAAGCGCCUCAAGGAGCUCGUGGUCGCCGCCGAUGAUCGCCGCUUUGCACUCUUGGAGAAGGCAAGCGCGCAGUACAUUGCGACGACGGAGAAGGCUGCAUUCUUGGAGUGGGUCCAUGCCCUACUUCAGUAACCGCCUGUCUUUCAUACAUUAUGCAUCUCGACAAUAUCGACAUCCUCAACGCGCAGCAGCGUCACAAGUAGCUCGCAGCACUAAAUAGGCUAGGUCGGUUAUCAGUAAAUAGGCUUGGUCUGUUAUCCCACAGCAGGAAGACGGCAGGAUAUAGCGAAGCAAAAGCAACGACUUGUGCAAGCUUCGCGAACUCAAAAACGUCUUUGCUCCCACACAUAGCCUUAUUCCAUAUUCAACCAUAUGCGC